AUGGUCGACAAGGUGGUGCGCACUGUGGAGGCAUUGCUUGGAAACUCAAGCCUGGAUGUGACGGAGAUUGCCAAGACCAUUGAGUCCACCACGGGGGAUCUGACAGAGCAGUACUUGACGAACGACAAGCAGUUUGGAGGCAAGGGCAAAAGCUGGCUGGUCGGCUUUCUCAAGCUUCACGGGGAAGGCGGAGGCACGAAGGUCCGAGUGCGAGGCGUGGACGAGAAGGGACGCCCAAUCAACCACCACUACACCAUACACGAGAGGAAGCUCCCGUGGCACAAGCAGGGAAGCAACUACGUCGAGUGCGUGAAGCUGUGCCGCAGGUUCGCCCGCGAUUGCGUAGACAACCUCAACGAGCGUCUGGAUGAUCUGGGGAAGCUGGGGCCGACAAAGCUGUUUCGGGCGGGAAAGUGGCUGAAGAUCAAGCUCAACGAGAGAAGAAGUGCCAGCUUGAAGCUGGCUGUGGCAGAGAGAGAUAGUAAGGGGAAGCAGAAGGAGGGUGAAGACGAGGCUCCUGGAACUGCCGAGCAGAACGAGGAUGAGGGAGAGGAGGAGGAGGAGGAGGAGGAGGAGGAGGAGGAGGAGGAGGAGGAGGAGGAGGAGGAGGAGGAGGAGGAGGAGGAGGAGGAGGAGGAUGAAGUGGAACGUGACCUGGGCGACGAUCAGGAGCUCGUGGGGGAGGAGGAGGAGGAGGACAACCCCUUUAUGUCGGACGAUGAGGAUGUGGAGGAGGUGUACCACAUCGACAAGCCCGUGCACUAG